CUGAUUUCAGACAUCGACGAAUGCAGUCUGGGCACUCAGCACUGUGGUCCACAUGCUAAAUGCAUUAAUACGGUCGGCGGCUACGAAUGCGAAUGUUUGGCUGGAUUUGAGCGAAUUGCUGAAGGAGCCGGCUGUACGGAUAUCGACGAGUGCUUCCUGUCAGUAUGCCACCCAGCCGCUUCAUGUGCGAACCUUGUCGGCUCGUUCUCAUGCAGCUGUCCAGACGGAUUCGUUGGUGAUGGAAUGCAAUGCCAUGAAACAAUCCUCUAUCCAAUCGCCAACGAUUCAAUUGUGGUGCCACGAAAGGCAGAUGCAGUAGCUACCAUCAAUUUACCGUCACCCGUUUUUGUGUUUGGCAAGCCGUACGACAAGGUUUAUCUGUCAUCCAAUGGUGUGCUAUCGUUCGAUCGGCCGUUACCUGGUCUUAUUGAGCGAGCUGAGUCACUUCGAGAAGCAGCUGUAUUCGCUCUUCAUGUACAGUACGACUAUGCUAGAGAAGGUCUCGUAGCGUACACCUACAUCAAUGAGUCUGAUUCGUCCGGGUAUUCACUGUUGAGCCGCUCAUCGAUCGGAGUCCAGAAUAACUUCCGUCUAAGUGAUUUCCGCACAAAAACACUUCAUCUCUUCACAUUUGACCGCAUGCGGCAGGCUGGCAGCGAAAAUCUGAACUCAUUCCAAAUCGUGCUGGCGCAAUCUGAUGAGGCCACGAUGCUCACCUUGAUUUAUGAAAAGACUCAGUCAAAAGGACCAAUGACAGGUAUCGCGUCACCGACAUCACCGUUCCACCUCCUUCCCAAUGACAUGCUUUCGUCGCACUCUAAUGUUGGUCAACCUGGGAAGUGGAUGUUCCGAAUCGAUAGUAGCCUCGCGGCUUGCCCAGCUGGUACAGAGCAUCCACCCCUGUGCGACAAAGGUAACCUCAAAACAAGCUCAUCUUUCAUUUUCUCUGUAUUCUUCACAAGAAAGCCGAAAAGAACAGAUCAUUACCCAGAAUUGACGAAUUCAGACUGUCCUCGUGGAAAAUACGGAUUCUCGUGCCAGGGUUCAUGCCAUUGCGCUGCGGGAUUCCCAUGUGACACAGCAACAGGAGUCUGUGCAAACGGCUGCGCUCCAGGAUGGACGGGUUCAAACUGCGAUCAAGACAUUGACGAGUGUGCCACUGGUAUGGUCCGCUGCGGUACGAAUGCCGAGUGUAACAACACCGUCGGUGGAUAUGAAUGUCGCUGCCGAAAAGGUUACGCUGGCGAUGGAAAACAGUGUUCUCCAGUAGAGCGAUGUUAUUCACGAUUUGGACGAUCUUGUUCAUCAAAUGGGUCUUGUGAGGAAUCCCUGGACGGACCGCGAUGUGUCUGUACACGAGGUUAUCGUGGCGAUGGAUUCAUAUGUACUCCUCAGACGCCGAUUCAUUCCUCUGUUGAAGAUAUUACGUCACUUCUCAGGAAUGAGCAUGGUCAAGAUCAUACCGAUGCCGACGUGGGUGACCAUCCAUUUGUAAUGACAGACUGGCAAACUCCUGCUAGAACGAAUCCUCCACCAGCAACCACUCGAAGACGCCCCGGGUUGCAGCCUUCCACAACGAUCAAGCCAGUGGAGAAAUCCACUCAGCAAGGAGCUCAAGAAGACAUGGCUGAGGCGACAACUCUGCUGUUCCUCAUCGGCCCUGCUGUGCUCUGCGCCAUAUGGGUGGUCCUUGUUAUCGUUGUUAUAGCAGUUUGCUGCAGGAAUAAGCAAAGUCAAAGGACACGAAGUGGUAAGCAAGGCAUCUGGAGUCCUCCAACUCGCGGCACUAUAAGCGCCCCAUCGAACGUCACUCAGCAGUAUCCAUCACGAAUACGACCUUUUGAGUCCUAUUGA